AUGAAACACUUUCUCGAAGUAUAUAAUUCCUCAACACAUUCUACAACAGGACAUACACCAAAUUCAAUGACACAACAACAAGAAGAAAAGUAUAUACAAAAGAAACGAAGUCAAACACAAAAUAUCAGAAAUUCAAAACAAUUUACACUCAUUCCUGGUACAAAAGUUCGUGUAGUUCUUGACGACAAACCAUUGACAAAGAAACGUUUAAGGUUAAGUCGAAAUUAUUAUAUCGUAGACUCUACACAAGGUAAUGGAUAUCUUAUAAAAGCUGCUGACGACUCCAUAGCAUUUUACCCUCGUCAUAAAUUAGUUGAAAGUAGUAAUGGCAAACUUGCUGAAACCAUUGACGAAGCAAAGCGAGGAGUGGUUAUUGAAAUACUUGGCUACAACAUAAACGAUGACACUUAUAAAGUAAGAUAUGAAGGAGGCGUUGAAGAUGUUAUACCAUCUAAGAACUUGAGAGAGUCGAAGCCAACACAUCUGGGACCAUUAGAGCGGGAGUAUUGGAAAGACAAAAAUAUGCCAGAAAGAAUAAGAAAAUUCAUCUAA